CGCGUCCGAGUAACCGCUGGUGCGCGAGGUCGUGCACGUUUCUGUGUCAGUGUGUGCGCGCGCGCACCGAUAUUUGUCAGGAAAUCGGCCUCGUGUUUCCCGUCAGUUUGUCAGCGCGCGCUCCCCCCGCCUCGUUGAUCUGAAUUCUACGAAUUCUUCCCCACGCGCCGCUUCCACAUUCAUGAGCCGACAUCUUUAAUCUGAUUGGCCGCUCAGUUCAAAACAUUGCGCACACUACGAGCUGCUGAUUGGAUGGGGAGCACGGGGUGGGCGUGUCCUCGGAGAAGCUAUAAAGUCAGGAGAAACGGCAGCCGGAGCGACUAAGUUCAUAACGCAAACGUCUGGUUCCGCGGCCACGGAGCAGAACCUUCGGAUAAUUCUGCGCACUCAGCUGGACCCAUCGAGCGGGAAAGUCCCGGAAGCUUCGGACGGGUUCGCUGAAACAGUUUUGGACGGAUAAAAGGGUUCCGUGACUCACUGGAUGGAUUGUAUCCGCUUUCAGUGACUCAGACGCAGGAUAAUGUUGGAGAAAAGGUCCGCGGAUCUUCAUUCGGAGGAGAAAGUGGAAGGAAAACAUGAAAAACAUGGAAAGGAGUCCUUCAGCCAGCAGUACCGCUGCGGUCCUCUGCUCGGCAGCGGCGGCUUCGGUUCCGUGUUUUCGGGUCAGCGGCUCUCGGAUGGACUCCAGGUCGCCAUCAAGCAGAUCUGCAGUGACCGGGUUCAGCAGUGGGCCAGACUGCCCGGUGAGCUCGGCCCGGUUCCGAUGGAGAUCGCUCUGCUGCAGCGGCUCAACGAGGCCGGGGGCCACGGCGGCGUGAUCCGCAUGCUGGACUGGUUUGAGGUGGAGGGGCGGGGCUUCCUGCUGGUGAUGGAGCGGCCGCCGCAGAGCCAGGACCUGUUCGACUUCAUCACGGAGCGCGGGGCGCUGCCGGAGCGUCUGGCUCUCAGGUUCUUCAGGCAGCUGGUGGAGACGCUGCGCUUCGUGCACGCGCACGGCGUGGUGCACCGGGACAUGAAGGACGAGAACGUGGUGGUGGACACCCGGACGCUGGAGGUCAAGAUCAUCGACUUCGGCUCCGGGGCGCUGCUGAAGGACGCCGCCUACGACGAGUUUGAAGGUACGCGGGUCUACAGCCCUCCGGAGUGGGUCCAGAACCGGACGUACCGCGCCGUCCCGCUCACCGUGUGGUCGCUCGGCGUGCUGCUCUUCGACAUGGUGUGCGGCGACAUCCCGUUCGAGCGAGACCAGGAGAUCGUGGAGGCCACGCCCUUCUUCACGCGGCGCGUCUCUAAAGAAUGCCAGGCUCUGGUCCGCUGGUGUCUGUCGCUGCGGCCCGAGGACCGCCCCUCCCUGGAGGACAUCCUGUCCCACCCGUGGAUGGACGGAGGAGAGGAGGAAGAGGAGGAGGAGGAGGAAGAGCGCGGCUCGCUGCCCAGCUCCUCGCUGUGAUCCGAGUCGGAUCAGAACCAGAAACCGGACUUUACCUGCACUGAGACGCUCGUCAUGACGAUGAUGAUGAGUUUUAUUUAUUGAUAAUUUAUUGGUGUCCUCCUCUUCCUCCUGCUGGAUAAGCUGGAGUUAACUGGGACGGUGAUGAAGAGGAGGGAUUGCUGAAGUGUCGGACCGACCCGUUCCUCUGUUGCACGUUCUGCAGGAUGUUCAGAACUCGUUAAAGCGAUUAAUUUUCCUUCAGCUGAAGCUUUGUGGAAAAAGUGAAGACCUCAGAUGUUCUUCAUCACGGCGGCUGGGAGCGUCUCCCGGCUGCAGGAAGGAUGCUGCAGUAAAUACGUCUACGUAUUGCUUAAAGUGGCCCCCGCCACUUGGUUCCGUUUAUUUACAUUAAAUAAGACGUUCUGGAUCGAUGACAAAGAUCCCAUGUUUGAAUAAAACCUUUUCAGACUCA